AAUUGAAAGGUAGUGAAUAAUAAAUCAGAGAUCCUUAACUCCAUCUGGUAAACUUCCAUUCGUCCUGUGACACAUACUUCCUUGUCUUAAAAGAUCCGGUAGUCCUACACGCCUUUCUCCGAGAUAAUUUUUUUGACACAGAUUCGCAGAUUUUUAAUCUCCAGAAACUUUUCUAAACGAGAACUUGAUUUAUUUGCAAUUGCAUUUUAAAUCUUUUUUAUUUUAUUCAAGUUAAGAUCUUUCAACACAUAUUUUAUAUUCUGUGUUGAAUUUUAGUUGAGAAUAAGUCUUUUCCCCACUCAUUAUGACUCAAUCUGUACAUCAAAUUGCCCAUGAGGCUAAUGACGUCAAGCAACGUCCUACUCCAAAGGAGUUCUUCGAAAGACAACCAAAGAAGGGACAUCUUACAUCCAUUGAACAAUACUAUGAAAUGUACGAAAAGUCUAUUCAAGACCCAGAAGGAUUUUUCGGUCCAUUGGCUAAAGAAUUGUUACACUGGGAUAGAGAAUUUGUUCAAGUAAAGAAUGGAUCUUUAGAAGGUGGUGACGCCGCAUGGUUCUUGGGUGGUGAACUUAAUGCUUCAUACAACUGUGUGGAUAGACAUGCCUUUGCUAACCCAAACAAGCCAGCUGUUAUCUACGAAGCUGACGAUGAAAAGGAUUCUUCCAUUUUGACUUACGGUGAACUUUUACAAGAAGUUUCCAAAGUUGCCGGUGUUUUGAAAAGUUGGGGUGUUCAAAAGGGUGACACUGUUGCUAUCUAUCUUCCAAUGACCUCUCAAGCCAUUAUUGCUAUGCUUGCCGUUGCCAGAUUAGGUGCUAUCCAUUCUGUCAUCUUUGCUGGUUUCUCUUCUGGUUCCAUUAGAGAUAGAGUCAAUGAUGCCAACUGUAAGGCUUUGAUCACUUGUGAUGAAGGUCGUCGUGGUGGUAGAACCGUCAACAUUAAGAAGCUUUGUGACGAAGCUCUUUUGUCUUGUCCUUCCGUGGAAAAGGUAUUGGUUUAUAAGAGAACCGGUACUGAAGGUAUCUACAUGAAGGAAGGUCGUGAUUUCUGGUGGGGUGAAGAAACUGUCAAGUUCCCAGGAUACCUUGCUCCUGUUCCAGUUAACUCUGAAGACCCAUUGUUCUUGUUAUACACCUCUGGUUCUACUGGUACUCCAAAGGGUGUUGUUCAUUCCACUGGUGGAUACUUGCUUGGUGCUGCUUUGACCACCAAAUAUGUUUUCGAUAUUCACUCUGAAGAUGUUCUUUUCACCGCUGGUGAUGUUGGUUGGAUUACUGGUCACACCUACUCUCUUUAUGGUCCACUUUCCUUAGGUGUUCCAACCAUCGUUUUUGAAGGUACUCCAGCUUACCCUGAUUACGGUAGAUUAUGGUCAAUUGUUCAAAAGCACAGAGCCACUCAUUUCUACGUUGCACCAACUGCUUUAAGAUUGUUGAGAAAGGCUGGUGAAGAUGAAAUUGAAAAAUACGAUUUAUCAUCUUUAAGAACCUUGGGAUCUGUUGGUGAACCAAUUUCUCCAGAUAUUUGGGAAUGGUAUAACGAAAAGGUCGGUAAGGGUCAAUGUCAUAUUGCUGACACUUAUUGGCAAACAGAAUCUGGUUCUCAUUUCAUUGCACCAAUUGCUGGUAUUACUCCUAACAAACCAGGUUCCGCCUCUUUACCAUUCUUUGGUAUUGACACAUGUCUUAUUGAUCCAGUUUCUGGUAAGGAAAUCAAGGGUAAUGACAUUGAAGGUGUGUUAGCUAUUAAGAGCACUUGGCCAUCAAUGGCUAGAACCGUGUGGAGAAACCACGCCAAGUACUUGGAUACCUACUUAAACCCAUACCCAGGUUACUACUUUACAGGUGAUGGUGCUGCUAGAGAUAAUGAUGGAUACUACUGGAUCCGUGGUAGAGUUGAUGAUGUUGUUAACGUUUCCGGUCACAGAUUAUCUACUGCUGAAAUUGAAGCUGCAUUAAUCGAGCAUCAAGGUGUUUCUGAAGCUGCUGUUGUCGGUAUUAACGAUGAUUUGACUGGUCAAGCUGUGAUUGCUUUCGUUGCCUUGAAGGACGAAACUGCCGAGAAGAUCAAUGGCCACGAAGAAUCUGAGGCUUCAUUUGCCUUGAGAAAGGAAUUAGUUUUACAAGUUAGAGGUGAAAUUGGUCCAUUUGCUGCACCAAAAUACGUAAUUAUUGUUGCUGAUUUACCAAAGACGAGAUCAGGAAAGAUCAUGAGAAGAAUCUUGAGAAAGAUUUCUGCUGGUGAGGCCGACCAGCUUGGUGAUAUCACCACUUUGGCUAACCCUCAAUCCGUCGCUGCUAUUAUCAAAUCAGUUGAAACCCAAUUCGUUAAGAAAUAAAGAGUAAACAAGCUUUGAAGAGAAUUACUACUUUAUUUAUUUUUAUUAGUAUUUUAUAGAUCUAAAGACUUCUGUGAGAAUGAAGUAAUUG